AUGUCGAUGACAAAUCAACAGGAGUCAUCAAUGGCUGAAGAAAUAUUGAUUUCACCUUUGAAAAGUUCCGUUUCCGAAGUAGAAAAAUUGGUUCGAGCAGUUUGGCCUGAAGACGAAUACAUUGUAGAAUAUUCACUUGAGUAUGGAUUUCUUCGCCUUUCUCCAGCAACUAGAUCCAGAUUGAAUAUUCCAGUAAAAAUAGUUACUCUCGAUCCAAAUCACGAUAAAUGUUUCGGCGACACUUUUAGUCGUUUCAUUUUGGAUGGAUUUCUCGGAUAUGAUGAUGUGCUAAUGGCCAGUAUAAAAACUCUGGCUGAAUCAGAAGAUAACAAAGGAUAUUUAAGAAAUGUGGUCACAGGAGAGCAUUAUCGUUUCGUCAGCAUGUGGAUGGCUAGAAGCUCAUAUUUGGCGGCUUUUUUUAUUAUGAUAGUUUUUACUAUUUCCAUUUCAAUGCUUUUAAGGUAUUCUCAUCAUCAAAUAUUUGUUUUUAUCGUUGAUCUUCUACAGAUGCUGGAAUUUAAUGGUACAAUUAGUUUUCCUGCCGGUCCACUUCUUACUGUUAUUCUCGCUCUAGUCGGUAUGGAAGCCAUAAUGAGUGAGUUUUUCAACGACACCACUACAGCUUUUUAUAUUAUUUUAAUUGUAUGGUUUGCUGAUCAAUAUGAUGCAAUUUGUUGUUUAACUGCAAUAACAAAACGACAUUGGUUGAGAAAUUCAUCGGGUACGGGAACCCCCACUGUUGGCAUAGACGUCACUUCACCCUCGAACGAAGGGUUUACAAAUGAAAAUCGAAAUUCGAAUUUCCGUCGAAUGGUUCGAACGGAAGGAUUAGAAUUAGUUAUACAACAGGUAUUAGCUCAAGAGAGAGAGCCAGUCAACGAGGGGGAAUUACCCUCGGAACCAGAACUUUCCCCUACUACUACUACUACUAAUAAUAAUAAUAAUAGUGAGGAAAAUCGGACCCAGGAGACAAUUAGGGAAGGAGCGGCCAGCAAACAAGUGGCGCCGUUAUGCCCGUGA